UGUAUUUCCCAGAGCGCUCGACUGCGGAUCAACUAAGUGCCUUGUCCCACCUCAUUGGGCAGCCAAUAUCAUCGCAGAUGACGUCAGAUGCCAGCACCAUCCUGUCCAGCAACCUGGACGCUGCUAAGUGGAUCAAGAGAUGCACUAAUGCAGAUAAAGAAUACCAAUCCCUACUUGACAUAGAACAAUCCACGUUGGAGACUCUGAAGCAAGCGUCACUUUCUAUUGCCAGCUCUAACAAAUCAUCGAGGUCAACUAAAAAAUCACUCAAAAUUGUGAAGUCAAAACAGAGCGUGGUAUGCAGUAUGAAUACAGUUGCAGUGGCAACGCCUCCACCUCAAAUGGGAUCAGUAUCAGAUGACAGUUUAGCUGACGUUUUACCAAUAAGUUCCGUCACCAAAAAAAUAUCACCGCCGAACACGCUCAAGAAAACUUCAGACAAAUUCACUUCAGAUGAUGUAUUAUCGAAGAAUUUAAAAGAAUCUAUUCUCCAAACUUGUCCAGAUAUUUCUGACGCAGCAACUGACACGAUAGUACCGAAUACGGAUUACCUAAAGUCUGCAAGCGCUCUGACGUCAAAGUGUGUUUUACCGGUACCGUCGAUUUGUAGUCAAAGCAAUGAGAAUUCUGAUUGUGUGUUCGUAUACGACAAGCCACGCUGUGCAGUACAUAAGCAACGUAUUGAUGCAUCGGUACAGAUGUCGCAUAAGCAAAACUAUGGAAGUGAUGACAAAGGCCCAAAUUGUCGAGAGCAUGCGAUAGAUCAAAUGGACAUGGAUGUGUAUCCCUCGGGGAGCACGUACGAGCAGAGACAUCAGGGCAACAACGUGGUUGCUGAAGUACUGACGCCUAAAGUAUACAAAGCUCUUUAUGAAACAACGAAGAUGGUUGUAAAGGAUUCCAAGCUCCGCCCGGUGGUUGAUCCAAAAGUGGCUCACGUUCCUGACAUUGAGAACGAAGCAGCAAUGAUCCGAGCCCUAGCGAUCCGGUCGGCCGCCAUACUGACGUCCCGCUGUGGCCUGGCCACGCCUGACGACUGUCACUGCAGCCUGAAGAAUGACCCUACUGUCAAAAGAGCAGAGUACGUAUUCGCGUACGACACGCCACGGGCGUCACUGGAGGACUCUACACAAACGUGUUCCAACUGCCACGCCAGGCUGCUGGAGAUACCACCGUAUUUCGACUCAGAUUUCGUCGAGGAGCGUAUGAAGACCCAGCUAGUGGGUUCUUGCAGAUACUACAGCAACUUGUUGACUAAGCGUUUGGGCCGCGUAAAAGAAAAAGUGACGAAACGCCUGUCGCCGCCACCUACCGAGCAAUGCCUGUACUUCUCGACCGUCCCAAAGCUGUCCUACGCCGAAGCUUGCACCAUGAAACCCAGUGGUCGUGAGGACCUGGGUUGCCAAACGAUAAGGAACCAUAUGCCAAGCCACCAUAGGGCCGAGUUUUCCAGGCCUAUGUCAUGUUGUGCAUUGUCACCGAGCCUCACGAAUAUCUGUGGGGGCACAGACAAGAACCAUUUGAAGUCUGUGUACUACAUGCUAUCGGCAAUAGAGGGCAGAAUUAGACGCCUAAAGAGAAAUAUUCCCAACUGAAAUAUUAGCACCAUUAUUCCUCUUCACAAGCUUAAACCGUUUGUUCUUGAUGCCGCUAGAUGGCUGAAACACUAGUUCGCCUUCUUCAGAACAAACUUGCGUCAAGUUCUUUGUAAUGCCGAUAGAUGGCGGUAACAUGGGAAAAUAUGUUUCUUCCAGAAUUCAGUGAAAAAUGCCUUCUUUCCAUUUUAUCAUCCCACUAAAUGUGAUGCUGUAUCGAUGCAUACUGGAUGUUUACGGUUAUCAAUUGUUAGUAACAAUGUCAGUUUUGUGGUAAAGUGAAAAAUAAACAUGUAUAAAGUUUAUCCUGUUUUAUUUUGAAGUGUAAAUCUGGCGCACAAUCACGGAAUAUUUUUAUUCUCACUCCUUGUUUAGGAACUUCAAAAACAAAAGACGGCUUUUCUAGGCGGGAAAAGAAUUUACAUAAUUAUUAUAGAAGUAAUACCUACUGAUUCACUAGAAUAUCAUUCCGUUCGUUUGUGAACUGUUCCAAAAUGUAGCGAACCCAGUCCCUUAUAAUCGACUAUUUGUAUUCUCACUUAAAUAUCUAUCAUAUAAAAAUUUGCAAAAUGGAAUGUGUAAAACGGAGUGAGACAGAACAUAAACAAUUAACCGGACUAAAUUGACAUCUGUGACCAUUAUUUUCAGUACAAUAAUAUUUUUUGCUAAAAUUUACAUAGAGAACUUUACAUUACGAAAUUACUCAAGUAACAAUAUAAUUAUUAAUUAUUAUAAGCAGUUCUGUUAUAAACUCUGGAGCGUUAAGGUGAGUAUAGACUAGAGCAUUUACUUGUAACAGAAGAACGAGUCGCGAGCCGCUCUAUGCAAUGUCUUGUCAUCUAGUGCCAUUUUUUUUUUAAAUUAUAAAUAACUUGAAAAACUUGAAGUGCCUAAAGCGGGAAUUGAACCACGGUAAUACUAUCAUACAGUAUUGUAACUUCAUAUAAACGGACGAAACGCGAACUUUCCUUCGAAAUUCAAAUCUCGGUAUGCGCUCGACAUGCAAAAGUCGGAAGUGUCGCAAAUGUGCCACGGUAAUAAACGGAUGAUGUGUUGUUUUUGAAACAGUAAGCGCUCUUUUUUAUAAAAAUAAUUACAACUACCUAUUUAUACAGGGUGUUAGGUAAAUAGGUUUAUAAGCUAACACUAGCCCAUGUUAACAUAUUAUGCAUAUAAAUGGUAUGGUGAAGUCAGUGAUAUCAUUUUAAUUUGUU